ACUUCCUCUUUUCAGCAGCAUCAUCCAGAUUAUAGCGUGCCACAGUCACUAGUAGUCCCCUCUCCAGCUCUCGCUACCAGGCCAUUACUGCUGUCUUCUGAGAAAUGGAGCAAGAAAUUAUCGGGAAUAUUGUCCUCCUGGCAAUCGUGACAUUGAUCAGCGUUGUCCAGAACGUAUCAUUUGCGUUUAAAGUGGAGCAUGAAUCGAAGAACCAUCAUUCCAAGAGCUUCCAGAGGAUCGGCUCCCCCAGCUUCGAGAAAGUAUACACAGCAAACCAAAACUGCAUUGAUGCAUAUCCUACAUUCCUGGCUGUGCUUUGGUGUGCUGGAAUAUUCUGUAGCCAAGCACCUGCUACCUUCGCUGGCCUCAUGUAUUUAUUUGUCCGUCAGAAGUACUUUGUCGGUUACCUGGGGGAGAAGACUCAGAGCACUCCAGGCUACGUUUUUGGAAAGCGGAUUAUAUUUUUCCUGUUUGCCAUGAGUCUGGCUGGGAUUCUGAACCAUUACAUUGUGGUCCUAUUUGGAAGUGAUAUGGGGCAGUAUAUAAAGACAGUCAGUGGCACAUUCACUCCGUUACUGCUCAUACCGUAAAGGGAAUGUCAGCUAUAAUACCGCAACAUUAAAAAUGUAAUCUGUGUCUCGAUUCUGUGUUACGGACAUCUUAUAACGUUGCUCAUGUUAAAUACAUUUUAUGUGUUAUUUCUUUUACAUAAUUAAAUAAAACUUUGACUGUU